AAAUCACUUAAAAAAAACUCAGUCAACUGCCAAUUGUCAACAAAUGUCAAUUUCAUUGCAAUGUUUUGUGAAAAAGCUACCUGGCUAACAAAAAAUUUCAUGAAAAUUAGAAUAUAAAUUUUAUCUUAUUCACAAUUCGUUCUGAAGCUUAAUAUGUACCACGCUUCGAGAUCGGACGUUAGCCAGAUUGACGUGUCGUAAUUUUAUCAGUUAGGUAGUCAAAAAUAUAGUACUUGUUAGACAUUUCGCAAGUUAUAAUGUUUGCGAGUUUAAAAAGUAAAAUAAAAGAGGAAACAGGAAGUGACAUCAGUAAAUUGACCAGUAGUUGGAGAAGUGGUGGCUUUUUAGGAAGAAUAUCACUCAGAGAUGAUUCGUCAGCAACCAGCCCCUCGAGCUCUGGUGGUCUUGGAGACUCACCGGCUGAUUCCAUCUCUCCGCAAAUGGAAACAUACUUGUCGGAACGUACUGGGGGCCAGAUAGACCAAGCAGCAUUACAGCAACAGUAUUCUGUACAGCUAGAAAAUAAAUUAAGAGAAAGGGAUACUUAUUGGGAACAAAAAAUUGAAGAAUUGAAGUUGUCUCUAGCAACAGUUCAAGGUGAAGAAGCAGCAGCAGCUCAAGCUGUAGCUCGUGCGGCCCAAGCCGAGGCUGUAAGGGCUGCAAACGAACGCGACUUAGCUGAAAAACAUGUGAGCGAACUGCGGACACAACUAGCAGCUGCUGAAAGAGCCCAAGACAGGCUCGAUGAGCUGAUGGAAGAGUUGGAGCAGUCCCGUCGCGAGUGGGCCCGCGAACGAGCGGACCUACUCGCAGUGCGGGGCGAGAGCGAGGCACGCAUGCGCGACCUCGCCGACCAACUGGCGCUGGUGCAAGCCGCGCUGCCGCCUGACCACAAGCAUCACCACAUGGACGACGACGAUAAACGUGAAGUGACGCCGACCGCGUGCGCCGAGUACGACCGCGUGUGUCGCGAGCGUGCGGUACUAAAACGACAACUGCAGGAAACUAAAAUGGCGCUCGCCGAUGUCAAGACAUCGUGGAGCGGACAAAUAGCUUCUUUGGAGACUCAGGUGGCGCGAUUGUCGCGACAAGCCGGCGAAGAAGGAUCCGAGCGAAGAAGGGUUGAGAUAGAGAAAAAAGAGUUGCAAGAGAAACUUUCCAGUGUCGCCGCUGAUUUAGAAAAAUGUAGGCAGAAUUUAGCCAAUAGCGAGGCGAAGGAGAAGACAAUGGAGUUGGAAAAUCGGAUAGAAGAAUUGAACGAGGAAAACCGGCAGAUGCAUGAGUCCCUUGAGAAUGAGCGUAUAUUAGUGAAGAUACUGCAAGAGAAGGUGGAUAAAUCUAACAGGCUGUACGACGAGCAGAAAGCAGAAGUCAACCACCUGAACUCCGUUGUGAACGAGAUGCAACACGAUUACGUAGAUAUGCAGAGAAAGUUCGAGAAAGAAAAACGCGAGAAAGACGAAGCCUUGCUACGGAAUGCUCACAUGUCGCAGACAAUAGAGAUGGGCCAGUGCAACGUCAGGUACCAGGAGACCGAGAUCGCUGACCUCAAAGCAAAGAUAACAGAGUUGGAGGGACUUAUAUCUCAGCAUCGAGAGAACCAAGCAGAAUGCAUGUUAAUAAAACAAAGUGAAGAAACGCGUAAGAAAGAAAUUGAAGCGUUAAACAAAAGGAUACACGAACUAACAGAGAGCGAGGCUACACUAAAAAGUACUAUACAAGAAUUAGAAACUGAAAUCUGUGAUAAAAAUAAGAAAAUAAAGACUUUAGACAAUCGAAUAUCUGACAUGAAGAAGACACUCCAAAGAGAACUACAAAGUAGCAAAUCCGAUCUGACUUCGGCCGAAGAACAAGAUAUUAGCAGAAGGUACUUGAAGCACGUGGUGCUAAGGUUUCUAACCGGAAGGGAACUCGAAGCGAGACAGUUAACUCGUGCUCUGUCAGUCUUGCUCAGGCUGUCGUCACACGAGGAGGCCCUCCUGCGCUCUGCCUUUCCUCCCCGAACGGGCCUCUCCGCCUGGUUCCCAUCGCUCACCAACACUUGAUCAAGUGAGCCAACGACGCUGUUACAAUAAAGCUUUAAACGGCCAGGUCCCAGGUGUUUGUAGACACGACUGAUCAACUAUAGUCCGGACAACGACACACGAACUUUACGUAAGGUAGUUUAAUGUAGCUAUGAAGAGAACAAUACACCAACGAAUUAAUCACUACUUAUAUCAAUAAGGUAGAAGAGAUACUUCAUAAAUAUUAGUAAUUACUAUUGUGUAAUAUAAAUGAAAAAAAUAUGCAUGUAUCCAGUCAACGUGAGCGGCACACUCACACAAAUGUAAAUAUCAACAAUCGUUGUUGGUACUAUAGCUGUACAAACGCCUGUAUAUACGACGAUGCGUCUGUGCAGAUUUAAAAGAAUAUUUCAUGCAACUAAUUGUAAACAUUUAUAAUCGAAGUCAUAUGAUGCACUUGAAAAUGUACAGAUAUAUUUAUUUGUAGAUAAUAAAUGUAGGCGUUACGUUUUAUUUUUAAGAUUUUGAUAAUAUUAAACACAAAGCCCGACAUCAGAGGCAGAAGGUGGAAUCUAUAAUUUUUUUGUUUCUUAAAAUGUAUUCUUCUUUGAGCAUCAACCUCUGGAAAAAAAUAUAUAUCAAUAAACUCUAAAUAAUACGUAUAGGUAUACACGUAUGAAUAACUAAGCCGUUUUUAUCUAUUUUUUUAUUGUCUUUGCCCUUUGUAGGUAGACGAGUCUACGGGCCAGUUGAUGGUGAGUGGUUACCGUCGCUCAUGGACGUCAGCAAUACCAGGAGCAAAGCCAAACCGCUGCCUACCAAAAGUACCAGAGUACUCUCCGCAAGCCUCGCUUGAAAAAUGAGAUGUAGGGAUCAUCGCGAACAAUUUCUCAGACCGCUCUCCAUGGAAUAUACGGUACAAAAAAACAUAGAGAGAAGCAAAAUCCCUACGUAGACCCAGAGGAUCCGAAAACUUUUUUUUCAGGUCAAUGUGUUACACAAAACUCGUAAACUAGUGGUAGGGCGUCCUAUUCCAGCAUUGGUAAUUAUCGCUUAUUUCUGUCGCGAAACUGUCACGCAUUCCGAUUUGAACUGUAAACCGUAUUAGAAUACAGUCGAAAUUUCGACCUCAUGUUUCAACGUACGUGAAGUUGUGAUAUCUACGGGAACUUGACAGCAGGUUAGCUGUAACCUCGUUUGCCCAUUAAUGCAAUCAAAAAAUAUUUUAAUGUAAUCCGUACUUGAUACCUAUGUAAAAUUUAAAGUUAUACGAACAUUUUGAAGUUGUAAAUUAUUUAAAAAGAUUCCGUUACACAGCUACAAGUCAAACUAAUAAAUGAGUCGACUAUUAUCAAAGGCGGCAAUCUGACUUUUGGACAAUGAUUGGUAAAUCAGAAAAACGAAUUAUUGACUUUGUAUUCCAUCGGUAGUCACAAAACUCUUCAGAACGACAUCUUAGAUAAAUAACAGGUUAACUAUUAACCUUUAUUUAAUGCAGGUUUUGAACCGUAUUCUUUGAAGGAGACGAUUAUAUUCAAAUCAAUCUGUAUUGACAUAUCAAUAAUUUUUUUUUGUCCAAAUGCACAGAUUGCCACCUUUGAUAAUAGACGACUCAAAUGCGCAGAUAAAUGUGAAAUACAAUUUAGAAUUAUUGAUAUUCGACCUUACGUCUCUUAAUCUGUUGAAAACUUAAUAUUGUAGUAGAUUUUUUUUAUUGGCAAACAAAUUUUAUUUUUAUUAUUUUUACAAACCUCAAUAUUUCAAUGUUAUUCGUUGAUUUUCUAGAGAGGAACGUCAAAACGAGGGCGUGUUAGUUUAUGAUAUUAUAAAUUAUUUGCGUACAUUUUUAAGCUAUGAAAAGGAUCAAAGAAAAAUAUGGAAUGUUUAAAAGACAAUUUAUCAAUAUUUUCAAAAACUCUCAUUUGUGGAUAUUUGUUAAUAAAAACGAAUGUUAUUAUUUAUUUAACAUAACGAAUUAGAAAAAUAUUUUGAAUCGAAACGGCCGUGGCCUAGAGAUGCGACACAGUGUUGUCGGGCUAAAUCGACUAAUUCGACUAAUUCGCCUAUAAUCGGAUUCGAAUAUAAUUCUAAAUGAUUUUUCACAACGUGUUCACUAAAGACUUCCUUUUAUUUGGCAUCCUUUAACUGAAGACACGUCUCGCAUUCGUGUCAGGACAGAAUACGUUUUAAAAUACUAAUAUAGCGGGUACUUCGAGCCCAUUUAUUGAGGGGGCGGUGGCGUUAUUGUUAAGAUGUCUAUUAGCUUCGAUUGUGGUAGGUAGACAUCAUCAACACACGAUAUUUGACAGAUGCCUGAACCUCGCUUACGACAUUUUCAAGAUAAGCUUGCAUAUAUACAAAUUCUGAACAAGAACAUCCCUUUGUUGUUAAACCUCCCAAACCGAUAAUCGCCCAACACCGUUUUGAUGCCUUUUGUAAAUCCGUUUAAAAAAAUUAGGAGACAUUACUUGAGACAGCCCUACAGAGUACCUACGCGGUACCAGUGAUAAUUUACGUGUCACUUUGGAUAAUUAACGAAAUAUAUUUGAAAAUGCUACUACAUACUACAUAAAAUAGGCCAAAGAUUUUUCAAAUUACUUUUUUUAGUAUUGGCUUGAACGAUUUAAAAACUGUUUUUUAAUCACUAAAGUCGUUUGGGGUUGCCAAAUGCCAAUAUUGUGUAGUCUCAGAAAUAGAUUGCAAAUCUUUGAUAAUUUAUUUUGUAAAUUAUUAGUAAUUAUUGAAAUCCCGCCCUGUUUUGCACAAGUUAUUGCUAAAUAUGAGAAGACCAAGAAAACGUUGAAACUAACACUGAAGCUCUUGGUACUGUGUCACAAACCUAACCUGAAGUGCCAACAAAGCAUACGUGUCAAUCCUUUUUUUUGUAGCCCUUGUAGGCAGACGAGCAUACGGCCCACCUGAUGGCGAGUGGUUACCGUCGCCCAUGGACUGCAGCAGGGGCAGAGUCAAGCCGCUGCCUACCGUAAAUUACUCUCCACAAGCCUCGUUUGAAGAACACUACCGAAUAAACGACCUAUGUGCUUAGUGCGAGUUUUUUAACGUUUUCCAUAGCGUAGAAGUUACCUCGAAUUUGUAUGCAGUUCGAAUAGCGCCCCUAGCGGCAAACGUAGGAAAACUUUCCAACUCCAUACAAAUAUGAGUUAACUUUUACGCUAUCGAGAACGUUACAUAACUCGCACUAGGCACACUGAAAAUGAGAAGACGAGAAAAAUCCGCGCUUAGGUUUUCGAAGUAAGUAUUUAGCGUUUUAUAUAGUGCCUUUUUUAUUUGUAGUUUGGAACGAUAAGGCUUUUGUAGUUUGAAAGCUCUUGAGAUGACAACAAGUUUUUUAAGCACUAAAUGUUCCCGAAUAAGAUGGCAGCAAUGUACACGGUAUCGGAGCUUUAUCGAUUCAUUCGUAUAAGUCGUUGUCGGUAAAAAGUACAAUCAUAUUCAUUCCAUUCGUAUAUUUAAGAAUUAAUAACACAUUUUAGUUUUUAUUAAAGUAUUCGAUUUAGACGGUUUUUUUGUCUUCCCGCUGCAUGGUUGGACAAUAGGUGUAUUUUUAGUUAUCACUAUAUUUUGAAGUAUUUUUGUAUGCAUGUACCGUUGGUUACUACAUACUUAGAACAGGAGAAAUAUAAUAUUUACAAUUAUGUUUGUGAUAUUUUUCUAGUCUAAUUUCCCUUUGCUUAUUAGUGUUAUUAUAAAAUUUAAACAUUUAUGUGUAUUAAGCCAAUAAAUGUUAUUGUGUAAUAAAAUAUUUUUACGAUGUUUAAAAGUGCUUCGAUAUUUUUUUUUUCUGUAUGGUGGUAACUGUACUAUUUGUCAACAAAAACGAAACUCGGAAUUAUUAUUCUGUUGAUACGAUUUGUAGGCCUUUUAAAUUAUUUUGUAAAGUGAUGCCUUAUUAAUAUAAAAAUCCAGUUUGUUAUUUAAAAAAAAAAUACAGAUAAUGUUCGUUAUUAGUUUAGCUGACUUAAUUAAACAUAUGACGAGACAGUUUUUUAUUGUGUUAAAUUUACCUACUAUCAUUGUGCUUAGUGCGAGUUUUUUAACGUUCUCGUUAGCGUAAAAGUUAGCUCAUAUUUGAAUGGAAUGGGAUCGUUUGCGUACGUUUGCCGUUAGAGGCGCCGUCCCAACUGCAUACAAAAUAGGGUUAACUUUUACGCUAUCGAGAACGUUAAGAAACUCGCAAUAAGCACUCUGUAUGUAAUACAAUUAAAAUUCACGAAUACGAAGUAUACUCUUCAAAGACGUCUUGCCACGUAUAAAUUUCAUCCCGAAGUGUAAGAAAUAUUGUCAAUGCACCGUUCGCAUAUAUUAUUUUUUGAACAAAAAUGACUGACGAAGGUUUUGUUACAAAUUGCAGCACCGUACGAACAUUAUUCGACAACGCUAGAGAAAUAUAAUAAAUAAUUGCAAAAAAAUAAUAUUACAAACAAUAGAAAAAGUUUCCAACAAAGCACUGCCAAAAACUUUUAGGAAUAAGCACAAAUAGAUCUUGAUUUCCUGUGAAAUGGAUUCUGUAGUUGAACGUAUUUCGGAUAUAAUGUAAAUAUACAUUUAUUUAAAUAUUAGAAACAAUAUAUUUGUUGUUGGCAAUAAACUUAAAAAAAUAUAUGUCAAGAUUUUCUAAUAUGGCAAAAUAUUUUCUAAUUUCAUGUUUCGAUUGCAAACCCUAUUUACUGUUAACAUAUCGCCGUUUUAACAAUACAUAAUUAUGUAUAUCAGAUGUUAUGUUCUAUUGCAUAUUGUUGACGAAAGCUAUUUUGUGGAUUUUGAGAAAUAAAUACAACAUUAUGACGUAAAGAA